UCUGCCCAAAACCACGGAGAGCUGCUGCCAAUCCGUGUUGAUGCUACUGAUCUAGGUGUGUCAAGGCUCUGCUAAGUUCACGAUUGGGAAAUAAUUGCUGAAGCUGCCUGAAGAUGAGUCAGUCUCCGCAAAGGAUCUACCUGUUUCAGAGUUCCAGUCAGCAGAGAUUGCAGAGAAUGGCAACCCAUCCUCCGAGUACCCACCAACACCCUCCGGUUACCCAUCCCAAGGCUCCAGCCACAUCGGAUAGUUUGCCUCACUGCACUCUGGAGUUGGCGCUCGAGAUCAUUGUGAACAUCUACCAUCAAUUCGCUCCUCGGGAAGGCAAGGAUGACUUCUUGAGCCUCAAGGACAUGACGGAGCUUCUCAAGAGCCAAGCUCCCACUUUCCUGGCUGCCUGCAACAGAAACCGCCCAGACUACAUGAAGGAGCUCUUCAAAAAGGCAGAUGUUGACAAGACCGGACAACUGACUUUUGAGGAGUUCACCAAAGUGUUUGCUCUCCUGGCAGACGAUACCCAUCGCCUGAGUCACGGCGAGGACCGAUGUGGCCCAGACCACCAUUGAGCUCCCCCCAUAAAUUGGUACUGCCUGUUGCAAAAGCUGCCAAAUAAAGGAUUUGCACGAGACAUGUGACCCUAAAGCAUCUGUUCAUAGAAUUGUAGCAUCGGUAGGGACCCCCGGGGUCAUCUAGUCUGGCUCCUUGCAAUGUGGGCUGCCCAACCUCUGUUAAAAACCUCCCAUGAAGGUAAUCCCACCACUUCUCAAUGGAACAUACC